AUGCCGCAAAAAUUGGGCAAAAAACAAGCUUGUGGAAAUAAUCGCUUGUGUGAUCUUUAUUAUCAUAAAGCUAUUUCUCAAAAGAAUGCAGAAAAUGCAAAACAAAAGCGUAACUUUGCAACGUAUUUUUUGUACAAGCUUACCGAAAUAGCAGCAUAUACUUCUGCAGUAGUUUCAGAAGCAUACCAAAUAUUUGAUAAAACCUUAAGGGCAGGUGAAGACGAUAAUGGUAAUAACUCAUUUUAUGAUAUGUAUGAUGAAGAUAAUGUAUUGGUAAUUGUAGAUGGCUAUGAAACAGAUUUAAAUGAUGAUGAGUUGAGUGAUAUUUCUUGCUCUUGGUCAGUUAAUGAUGAAGAUGAACCACCACCACCUUAUGAUAGUUCUUGGACUAUACCUGCAACAUCAACAGACAAAAUUUCAACAUCACCCAAAAAAAAAUCAUUUUCAACUCCUAAAAAUGAAGAUCAAUCAAAAGGUACUUCUUCUAUCUCUGCUACACCAACACAUCGUAGGCAAAUUCGUGUACGUCGUGGUCGACGAUUAUUUAGACGAAGAGCUUCUUCUAAUGAACUUAAAAGCAAACAGAGAACGAAUGAUGGAGACAGUGAAUGCACAAACCAAGAUGAAUUGUUACUUAGAAUUAACCAAAAAUUGUCAGAUAUGAUAGCUCAAGGUAAAGCAGCAUUGACCAGUACUGUUGAGGUAACUGAAGUUGAAAUGAUGCUCAUAGAAGAAAGAGAACGUGAAGAAAGAAUAAUGAGAGAACUUGGACUUCAAACACCUGUUGGACGUCAUAACAGAAGAUUUACUAAUUCAUCAUCUUCGGGUUAUGACUCUUUGUCUGAUUCUAGCAGUUAUUCUGCAUCAGAAACAUCUUAUUGUGAAUAUGGUUAUGGUUCUAAUAAUAGGUUUGCCUCAUCAACAGGAUAUGACCCUCCUUUAAGAUAUGGGUCAACAGCUCAUUAUUAUUCACCCAUAACUUAUGGUUCACCUGGAAUAUAUUCUUCAUCUGUAGGUUAUAACAUGUUAGGCAGUAAAUCUUCGAAUGAAUUUUCCAGUCCAAUCCCAAGUAGAUACCAUGAAAUACCACCAUCACAAAUACAGUCAAUACAAUCAAUCCCACAAUUUGCUUAUAAUAAUUUGAUUUCAAAUAGAUAUAAUGUUGCUUUAUCAACUGUAGGAGGAGGAGAUUUUGGAUUGAGUUCCGGUUGCUUUAUGAAUAGAUAUAGAGCAAAUUCCCAAUAUGGUUCUGAUUUCUUUGGAUUAAAAGAGAAUCGUUUAUUAGUUCCUCCUAGAUUUACUGGAUAUCCACAAUGUCGUGUUGAUGUUAUUAAAAAUCAAGAAAGUUAUGAUGCAUCAUUAUCAUUUAUGAUAAUUGUUACAUUAAUAUCAACAUUGACAACCAUCACAUUGUUGAUAUUUGAUAUUGGCAAAUUAUGGGAUUUACAUAUUAUUGGUGAGGUGAUUGUUGUGUUACUGUUGUCACAAGGUGGUAGGAUCUCUUCAUAUUGGUUUUAUGGAAUAGUUGGUGGCUAUACAUUCCUUGUCGAUGUUAUAAAUAUUAGCUUGUCAUGGCCUUAUGAUGCUAUAUGGUUUAAAUGUGAAUAUGUCAGGGAACAAACAUCAACUCAACUACCAAUUAUAGAUGAUGAGGAUAUGAAUAUGGAAAAUUCAUCAUCAAAAAUGAGGAAAAUUCAAUUGCAUCAAAAAUAA